ACCAAUGUUCUUACUAUCUGCUCAUGACACAGGUUGCCACUCUAGAUGGGAGCAUUCGAACUGUUCUGAUCUACCAAGACCUGGACAAGCCUAGAGCAAUUGCCUUACAUUACGACAAGGGCUACAUGUUUUGGACUGACUGGGGAGAUAAUGCUCGCAUAGAAAGGGCAGAUAUGGAUGGCAAGAACAGAAAAGUUAUUAUCUCAGAUGCUAUAGUGUGGCCUAAUGGCCUGACGAUUGAUAGGCCAACCAACAGAAUCAUUUGGGCAGAUGCUCGUACUGAGUUAAUAGAGUGCUCAGACCUGUCAGGACAUGCUCGCAGAAAGUUGGUGACCAAAGUUCAACACCCCUAUGGCUUGACUGUUGCUGGCAAUUUUAUCUACUGGACCGAUUGGCAAGGCAGUUCAAUCCAUGGAGCCAACAAGAACUUGGUGUCUGAUGUGAUUCAUAUACGUGACAACCUGCCAGGCAUCAUGGACAUUCAUGCUGUACAGAUUGAUGGAGUUGAAAUCCAUGUGAAUCGCUGUGGUAAAAACAAUGGGGGUUGCAGCCACCUGUGUUUGCCCAAUCCUCGGGGGACCUCUUGUGCUUGUCCUACUGGCAUCUUGUUGAAAGAAGAUGGGAAAACAUGCCAUCAUGCUCCGAGUAAAUAUUUGCUGUUUGCUGCACGUGGAAGUAUUCGACGUAUCUCCUUGGACACACCUGAUUACACAGAUGUCUACCUGCCCUUGUCUGACCUGCACAAUGUAAUUGCCCUGGAUGUGGACUACCAGGACAGUGUCGUCUACUACACCGAUGUCUUCCUGGAUGUUAUCAGACGGGCCUCACUAAAUGGUAGUCAGUGGAUGGAAGACAUUGUGCUCAAGGAACUCACCACCACUGAUGGCUUGGCUGUUGACUGGAUAGCCAGAAAUUUAUACUGGACUGACUCAGGUCGUGAUGUGAUUGAAGUGUCCCGACUUGAUGGCAGCAGCAGAAAGACCGUCAUUCACAGCUUCCUAUCUGAGCCAAGGGCAAUAACCUUAUUUCCAAGAAAAGGGUUAAUGUUCUGGACAGAUUGGGGUGAGAAGCCAAAGAUAGAGAGAGCUUACCUGGAUGGAUCAACUCGUAAAGUUAUCAUAGACAGUCAGUUAGGAUAUCCCAAUGCACUGUCCAUUGAUUAUGACUCACUAAGGCUGUACUGGGUGGAUGCAAAAAUGGAUAAAAUUGAGAGUUCAGAUCUUGCUGGAAGAAGUCGGCUGACGUUAAUACAACAGACGCCUCACCCAUUCGGCCUCACUGUGUUUGAAGAAUACAUUUACUGGACAGACUGGCAGACUGAAAAACUGGAGAGAGCUAGUAAACUGGAUGGCAGCCAGAGAAUGACCAUUCAGAGCAAGUUGGAAGGAAUUAUGGAUGUCCAUAUGGUCUCCGCCCGGAGGCAGACAGGUACAAACAAUUGCAGUAUUAUCAAUGGAGGAUGCACUCAUCUGUGUCUGGCAAGACCAGAUGGCUUCAUUUGUGCUUGCCCCAAUGUUGUGGAUGACAAGCCUUGUGAGACCA